GGUACGCUUGGAGAUAAAAUCCGGCUAAUUCUUUUGCUGAAAGCUCUGGACGAUGCCACCGAGUAUGGAAAAAAUCAUUCAUCUUGGUCUACUCCUGGUGCAUUUAGACAAGAGGACAACAUCAUCGUCCACUCGCAGUGUUUCCUCAGAUAGCUCCGUUUGAAUAUCAUCAAAAUCUAGCUGAACGGUGAAACCAUCGAAGGCAAGGCCAACUGGGUCAAGGAACACCAGGAAAAACUCGUGCCGGGGUCGAUGCGUUCGAACAAGAUGAGAUGGUCUAUUACGUCGCCGUCACUAAGGGUGUGACCGGACGAUGCAUCGGUGCAAAUGCCGCAUCAUCACGCACACCAAGCAUGUUUAGCUGGAAAAGGCCAACCUCAAGUUCAUCGACGCCUCGGUUAAGAUGGGUCAGUCGGUUCCAGGCGGUUGGAUAUAUCGAUUCAACCUGAAAUUGACCAAACUGCAAGGUGUGAGCGAGUUGACGCAACGCAAAUGAUAAAAGGCAGCAACACGGUGCUGGGUCACGUGAAGCUUUCCCCAGUUCCAGCUGACCUGAAUGCCGUUUACGUAGAAAGCUUGGUGGUUGACCAUCGCUAUCGCGGCCGUGGAGUUGGAACUUAUCUGAUGACCGAAGCCGAACGAUUCUGUAAAAAAGUUUUAAACGUAAACAACGUUUACUUGGCGACCGACGGCCAAGAGUACUUUUAUGCGAAACUAGGCUACAUAUUUUGUAAAGCAAUUAACAUCUUCGGCACAAAUACUACGCGAAACACUUCCAGUAAAAAACAUUGGAUGAAAAAGGUUAUCUCCGAUUGGGAAGUUGAGGGAGAGGAAGUCGAUAGCAGUGACAAAAGAAAUUUGUCUUCGACAAAUUUGUUAAAUGUUCCUUCCAGUGAAGAGAUCAACAUAGAGCAUUCGGAACGGCAAAUCCCCAACAUUAACGAUUUGAUACGGAACAUUCGAAAAGCAGUCUACAAUUAUACGCCUAAGCAAGAAAAAGAAGAAACAAUAUGUGAUUUGAUACUAACAAUGCAUUCGAUAUAAAUUGAAUUUAGAUACAAUACUUUAGAAUAAUAACAA